AGCUGUGUCAGUCAGGGGGAGUAGAGUCUAAGUGGUGAGGAGUGGAACCGACGUCCGGUUGUGCACCUUUCACCAUGGUUGACACCCGUAGUGGGAAGAGUACUGCCCCCUCCGAGGCCGAGCAGGCCCGGAUUGCCGCCCUUCUGAGAGAGAAAAAGGAGAAGAAAGAGUUCCUUAAGCAGGUGAAGUUAAAGGCCAUUGCAGAGGAGCAGGCGGCAAAGAAGAAGAGAUUGGAGGAGGAGAUGUUGAGAUUUCAAAGGGAGAAGAUGCUGCAAAUACAGCUAGAGGAAGAGGAAAGAAGAAGGGUUGCAGAGGAAGAAGCAGCAGCAGAGGAGGAGGAAGAAGAAGAAGAAGAGCCCCUUGAAAGAAGACGUGGGGAAGAGAGAGGGGAAGCAAGCGGCACGAAGGAGGAGGACCGAUGGAGGGAGAAAAAGAUUAGUGAAUGGGUGGCUAACUUAUCUUUGGGAGAAGAUGAAGAGGCACAAUUAUAUGUGCCGCAGGAGGAGAGGGAGGCGUUUGCCAGGGCCCUGGAGUUGAUAGAGGAUCCCCUGGAACGCCAGGUGACAGAAGAUGAGAAUAAGUUGGAGUGGAAAUUGAAGAUGAUGAGGGAGAAGAAGAGAAGGAGGGAGGAAGUCAGUAGAAUAGCUGGGGAGGUUGAGCGAGUCGUCUCUCUAGGCACGUCCCUCACAGGCGUAGCAGAGGAAUUGAAGGAGAGGAUGCCUGCUUGGGCCAAGAUGAAGAAAGAUAGUAAAGGGCAGCUAGUCCUAGUGGAUGUAGAAGUUUUCAGAAGUAGAGUUGAGGCCCUUAUAGACUCAGGGGCCACCGGUAGUUAUAUUAGUCGUAGAGCGCUGAAGAAGUUGAGGCUAGGAUUGAAAGUCCAGAAGUUGGAAGACCCCAUAGUUAGUGUCCUCGCAGACAACCGCACGAUGCGAGUUGUGGACUACGUGGAGGGAGUCCAGGCGUAUUUCCGCCUCGAGAAAGAUGGGAAGGUGGAGAAAGUUCUCCAUUCCCUGACUCUCCUCGUUCAGGAUGACCUUCCUUUUGACAUAGUCCUAGGUAUGGACUGGGGAGAGGCAGCAGGGGCCACACUCCACUUCAGAGAGCAUGAGUGUAGGCUCCCUAGUCCGUCAGAUGAAGUUAAGACAGCUUGUCUGUUCCAUGUGUCUGGAGUAGAUAACUCCUUGGCACAUUGCUGCCUCAGUGCUCCCGCAUUCGCGCGAUUAGUGAGAAAGGAGCAAUUGGAGGAUCAGGUCUUCGUAGUGUAUGUAAGGUCUGCCACUGAGCGUAAUCAAGAGGAUAGUUCGAUGGAUCCAGCCAUUGCCAAGUUGCUUGAAGAGUUUAAAGAUCUCAGAGAGCCGCCGACAGGAGUAGUACCGCGGUCGAUCCAACACAGGAUAGAGAUAGAGCCUGGCAGUAAAACUCCUAAGGGCGCAGUCUACAGGAUGUCCCCUAGAGAGUUAGAGGAGCAGCGCAAGCAACUAGACGAGCUCCUUGAGAAGGGUUGGAUUAGGCCCAGUUCGUCUCCUUUUGGAGCACCGGUUUUAUUUGUCCCCAAGAAGGAAGGAGAGCUAUGUAUGUGCAUAGACUAUAGGGGUCUGGAUGCUAUUACAGUCAAGAAUGAUGAACCACUGCCCAGGAUAGACGAUCUCUUAGAUCGAGUGCAGUGUUGCAAGUAUUUCUCAAAGAUAAAUUUGAAGUUCGGUCAUCAUCAGAUAGAAGUCCAUCCUGAUGACCAGUACAAGACUGCGUUCCAGACUAGAUAUGGGCAUUAUGAGUCCAUAGUGCUGCCCUUUGGACUGACCAAUGCGCCAGCGACAUUUCAGCGACGUAUGAAUGAUUUGUUUAGGCCUUGGUUAGAUAGAUUCGUCAUAGUGUAUUUAGAUGACAUCUUAGUCUUCAGUAGGACCCUCCAAGAGCACCAGGGUCAUUUGAGGCAGGUCUUGCAGAAGCUGAGAGAAGCUAACUUCAAGAUCAAUGCAAAGAAGUGUGAGUGGGCCAAGACACAAGUUUUGUACUUGGGCCAUGUGUUAGACGGAGAUGGCAUUAAGCCUGAGGAAAGUAAGAUAGCGGCGAUUAGAGAUUGGCCGACGCCCCGCACAUUGACUGAGUUGCGGUCGUUCUUAGGCCUGGCUAACUAUUAUAGGAAGUUUGUGAGGAACUUCUCCACUAUCAUCGCUCCCCUUCGCAGAUUGCUCAAGAAAGAGGCAAUAUGGCCGUGGGAUAAGGAUUGUACGUCUGCACUAAAGAAGUUGACGCGUGCGUUAAUAGAAUAUCCUGUCCUCAAAGUAGCAGAUCCGUCCUUGCCAUUUGUCGUCACCACGGACGCGAGUCAGUAUGGUAUAGGCGCCGUGUUACAGCAUGACGACGGCAAUGGCUACAGACACGUAGACUUCAUGUCAGCGAGGAUGCCCUCAGAGAAGGUUGCUACCUCGACGUAUGACAGAGAACUCUACGCUCUCAGGCAGGCCUUAGAACACUGGAAGCACUACCUACUUGGGGUCAAAGUGUAUUCAGACCAUGAGACACUUAGAUGGCUGAAGACACAGGCCAAGAUGACACCUAAGUUGACUAGGUGGGCCGCUGAGAUAGACCAGUACGACUUUGAGCUCAAGCCAGUUAAGGGCAAGUAUAAUGUAGUUGCGGAUGCUCUGAGUAGGAGGUCAGACUACUUUGGAGCCAUAGUUCACUAUCUGGACAUAGGGCGUGACCUGCAAGAGAAAGUUAGAUAGGUGUAUGCGCAGGACCCUAUCUAUAGUGACCUCCUCAAGAAGGUUAAGGAGGCCCCAGAGACUGAAACAGAUUACCGCACUACAGAGGGGUUAUUAUUUGAGAAGACAAAUUUAGUAGACUGCUAUGCGUUCCCAACAGUGAGGAGAUCCGCAGUCUAAUCCUAGGGGAAUGCCAUGACACAGAGGGACACUUCGGUUGGCAAAAGACCUUAGCUAAUUUUAUGCACGCAUACACAUGGCCAGGAAUGAAAAACGACUGCAUAG